UAAGAAACAGAAGUUCCUGGCCCAAACAUGAGCUGCUGCGCUCCUUUCCAGGAUGUCUCUUCUGGGGGUCUGUUGUCUUGUGGUCCUGGCUUCCUUCGGACAGGCUUCAGGGACAGUCGGUAAGCCCAAAUUCCCUCUGGCUCUUUCGUUUCUACUCAUACGUUUGCUGGGUUAUCCUCCAAAGGGUGCAAAGUCUAAAAAGGAGAGCCUGCUGUUGGGUUCACUUUCUCAAAGUCUCUCUGCUGCUGGCCGGAUUUGACAGGGAGUGACGAUUUAUGGCAAGGAACAAGCUUGUCGGUCUAUCAGUGUGGAAGGAGUACACUCAGAUGGAAAAAGGCAGCAGGGCGAAAGGAGAUGUGGGAAUGAAUGUCUGGCUAAAAAUGGGAUGUAAAAAGAUUUCCUUUUUCUCACACGCUGGCUGGGGCCGAUGGGAGUUUCAGUCGGAAGCAUUGGAAGGGCAGCAGGGCUGUGAGGGCUGCCAUAUGCAGCGUUGAAUGCUUUGAGCUUCUGCACGGUGGAAGGAACCCUCUGCAGGGGCCUAUUCUAUGGUUACCAGAUUUUUUUCAAUGAAUCCGGGGACACAUUAUUAUUAUUAUUAUUAUUAUUAUUAUUAUUAUUAUUAGCUUUAUUAUCCCUAAUUACAUCUAUACAUCAGCUGUUUUGCUGUCUUGAGAAGUCCGGAAGAGGAGAGAAACCUGGGGGGUGGAGUUGGAAGCAGAGUUUGAGAAUACAGUGGUACCUCGGGUUACAUAUGCUUCAGGUUACAUACGCUUCAGGCUACAGACUCCGCUAACCCAGAAACAGUACCUCAGGUUAAGAACUUUGCUUCAGUAUGAGAACAGAAAUCGCGCUCCGGCGGCGCGGCGGCAGCAGGAGGCCCCAUUAACAAAAGUGGUACCUCAGGUUAAGAACAGUUUCAGGUUAAGUACGGACCUCUGGAACGAAUUAAGUACUUAACCCGAGGUACCACUGUACGACCGUGGGAUGAUCACAGAUUUGGAAAGGACCUCUGAGGGGCAUCUAGGCCAACCCCCUGCAAUGGAGGUACCUCAACUCAAGCAGCCUCAACUUAAAAGAACAUAAUGCUUCCCUGCUCCAAUUUGACUUCUGCAGUUCCUGGCCAUCGGGGACACGAUUUCAUUCAUGCUCUCUCUCACGCUCAGCUGCCCGGCUCUGCAUCAACUCCACCGCCGCUCCAGUUGGCCGAGGGGAUUGAAGUCAUCUCACCCCUCCGUGCCUUGCCCAGCGGAGAAACUGCCCCCCUCGCACCCCUCCUGGGCAACUGCACACCGCUCGCCCGUGACUCCCGAGCCUCCCGCGAUCACUUGCCCCCUUCCCCCUUCAUUUUGAGAGUCUCACAGGGUGCAAAAGAGCUUUGCACCUCGCCCAGCAGAGAAACUGCGCACCUUGCACCCCUCCUGGGCAAUGGCCGCCCACCCAUAACCUCACAAAAAAAAGGGGGUAGGAGAUCGGGAGAGGCUCAGGAGUCACGGGCAGGUAGCGCACCGUUGCCCAAGAGGGAUGCAAGGCACACAAUUUCUCUGCUGGGCAAGGUACAAAGCCCUUCUUUCGCACCCUUUGAUUCCCCCCCCCACCUCUGCCUCUGCCUGCGCAAAAACUGUCUUCCCACCCCUCCAGCUGCAUAUUACUCCAGGAGACCAGGAUGUCACAUUUCCCUGGGACGUUUAAUGAAAUCCAGCGAUGGAAUGUGUCCUGGAACAGAUUUGCAAAUCAGGGGUCUGUCCCCGGGAAAUGGGGACAUCUGGUACCCCUAGCCUAUUCAAAUGUGGUGACCUCAAGAUGUUGUCAGACUCCAACUCCCAUCAACCCCUGCCAGCAUGGCCUAUGACCUGGGAUGAUGGGAGUUGUAUUCCAAGCAAUAAAUAGAGGGCAACACGUUGGCUGCUCCUAUUCACCAUGUUGGCCUAUUCCAGGAUGGUUAACAACCAAUCCUUCUUCCUGGGGAACUGUAGGAAUUGUAGCUCUCUGAAGAAAAUAGGAGUCACCCAACAACUCUCAGCCCCUUUAACAAAUGCCACAGCAUUGGUGAUCGCAAGAUCUUGUCAGUACCUGCUGUCACCGUUGCUGCUUUGUGUCACUACGUAACCCAGGGAGGGGAUGCUUUGGUGGCGGUGGUGCACUGAAAUGGGACAUACUAACUCUGGCUGCUACACACCCCGUUAAGGGAAACUUACAGGCACCUAUGGACUUUCCCUAACAGGUAAAUAGGCACUCGUUUUUUUUAAGUGAGUUUUCAGCAUUUGGGUGCGGAAGUGGACUCUCACCUCUUUGCAGUGCUCCUGUCCAAAUCACAGAUACCCCGCAGAUACUUUCCCAAAAGAAUUUCAGCCACAGAAUUCCAGAUAUGGCCCUAAAGUUAUCAACUGGGUGUUUCAACAUAUGAAAUGGGAUAAUGCCAGGCAGCUGUGCAAGAUUGGUUCACCGUCUCUCUUUUGAUCUGAUCAUUUUUGCAUAAUCUUCACUUCCCUUUUUUAUAUAUACUAGACUAUCAUUUCCUGCUGGGUGGUUUGGGCGCUUUCCAAUUACAUAUAUUUGCCCUAUAGGGAAGUUUAGUAAAAUAUUGUUUUGCGAAUAAGUUUGUAUUCUUCCCCACUUCCUUAUCCAAAUUGCUCAGCAGCAGUUUUUGUGGGGUAGACAAACACCUGACCAAAGAUGGAUAUUGACGUAGUAGGUGGAAUCUACACACAUAUAAAAACCGUUCUGAAAAUGCUUUUUUAAAAACAUACUUUGAAUUUUCCGUAAGGUUCACCAUCACCAUCUAGUGCACUUAAAGCACACUUUGUUGUUGUUUAGUUGUUUAGUCGUGUCGGACUCUUCGUGACCCCAUGGACCAGAACACGCCAGGCACUCCUGUCUUCCACUGCCGCCUGCAGUUUGGUCAAACUCAUGCUGGUAGCUUCGACAACACUGUCCAACCAUCUCGUCCUCUGUCGUCCCCUUAAAAGCGUUUUAUUUGCAGUUGUAUAAUGGGAGUCUAUGGGACGCGGGUGGCGCUGUGGGUUAAACCAAAGAGCCUAGGGCUUGCCAAUCAGAAGGUCGUGGUUCGAAUCCCCACGAUGGGGUGAGCUCCCGUUGUUUGGUCCCCGCUCCUGUGCACCUAGCAAUUCGAAAGCAUGUUAAAGUGCAAGUAGAUAAAUAGGUACCUCUCCGGCGGGAAGGUAAACGGUGUUUCCGUGAGCUGCUCUGGUUUCACCAUGCUGGCCACAUGACCCGGAAGCUGUACGCCAGCUCCCUCGGUCAAUAAAGCGGGAUGAGCGCUGCAACCCCAGAGUCGGCCACGACUGGACCUAAUGGUCAGGGGUCCCUUUACCUUUUAAUGGGUGUCUAUAGUGCUCCCGUUUUUGAUAAUUGCAACUGCAAUCACAUUUCCCCUUUAAAAAGGCAAAAUUGUUGUAUUGCAGGAGUUCAUAGCUUGGGAUCAUUCUCUAAGAAGCCAUCGCUAUGUAUGCAUAUGUAACCAUGACACAUUCCCUGGGCAUCAUUACGGAAAGUCUUGAAAUAGAUAGUGGUUAGCAGCCCUUGGGCCAAUCCCUCUCCCUCACAGAGUUGUUCUGAGGACAAAUUGUGCGGAAGGGCAUAUUUGUGUGAAAGUGCUCAGAGAAUGGGGGAAGUUGCCUUAUCCUGAAUCCUAGCUCCAUAUUGCCCACACUGACAGGCAGCCGCUCUCCAGAGUUUCAGACAGGGAGUCUGUCUCCCAACUCUACCUGAAGAUGCCAGGAGGUGAACCAGAGACCUUCUGAUUGCAAAGUAGAUGAUCUACCACUGAGCUACAACCUUCCCCCAACUGUUUUUUUUUUUUAAUGGAGGAGCAUUCAGUCACAUGACACUUGCCUCUGCUCUGCCACCCUGCAGUCUGAGGCAGUUUAGCCCAAGUAUAGAUUUAUUGCCUCACCCAGAAACAGGCUUCACUGUGCUGAGAAGACACAGGUUUGCACAGGUCGGUUGUCUUUGUUGUGACCAUCCUUUCUCUCCCCUGCAGCACUUUAAAAAUCAUUAUUGUUUAUAGUUUUUAUUCAGUACCAAAAUGACACAUUUAUGGAACAGAGGAGAGUCACUGCAUCAGUAUCAAAAGACAGGCACUUGUGUGUACCAUCCAUUGAUCCACACGCAUUCGCAGAGACACACAAGGGAAAGCCAAGGGUUAUUGCUCUAGCCCCCAAAUUCAACAAACCACCUUAGAUGAAGAAGCCCGUUGCUCAACUCCAGUUCAGGCAAAUAAGCCUUUAUAUGCAGGCCAAAUGUCAGAGAACUUCUUGUCCUGCCGCUGCCUGUGAAAACCUGCCCGCUUGUAUGCUGCCAAUGUUAACAGAACGUUUGAUGGCUGUACAAUUGGGGGUAAGAGGCGUUCUUCCCAAUACAGUGGAACCUCGGGUUACAUAAAGUCCCCCUUACGAACGCUUCGGGUAACGAGCUCCACUAACCCAGAAGUAGAUGCUCCUGGUAGCGAACUUUGCCCUGGGAUGCGAGCGGAAGUCGCGCGCCAGUGGCACAGUGGCAGUGGGAGGCCCCAUUAGCGAAAGCGCACCUCAGGAUAAGAACAGUUUCAUGUUAAGAACGGACCUCCGGAAUGAAUUAAGUUCGUAACCAGAGGUACCACUGUACUGCAGCGUCAGCACCCACAGAAUCCAGUUUCACUGCCCCUCAGUGAGGUCCUGUCACACUGAGAUACAGUUCAACAUCCACUUAUGUCAAAUAUUUCUCUAGAAUUAGAUUAACAAGUGUGAGGACCUCGGACCAGAGAGGGGUAACCAUUAGGCAGGCCCAUAUCAUAUGUACUAAAGAUUCUCCACAGUUCCAGCCUUUGUCCACGCUUGAAAUGCAUUUAGGUGAGGUGGUAGGAAAGAUUCUUUUAAAUAGGUUAUUGGGGGAGUGUUUUAAUUUUUGUUUAUUGCUGUUUUUAAAUUGAUUUUAAUGUUUUUGUUAUGUUCUUUUUUUUAACCGUGUGAUUUGCUUUGAGGCACUUGAGUGCAAGAAUGCAACUAAUUCAUAUUAAUAAGAAUACUACCAACUCAGGUAAUGAAUAAAUGAGGCCCAAAGGGUGGGAUUCUCAUCCAGAUUAUGAGGUUUCCUCACAGAUGUUCCCUGUGGGCUUUGCCUUAUCUGAAUUAAUAGUAGGGUGGUUGUGCUUUGGAUCUUCUGCCUGAGCAAGGAAAAGUCUUGGGCUAGCCUUGUGAAGACGAAAUGAACCCCAGGACACUUAAGGAAGUCUUCCUUUCCAACAGGCCAAGAAUUCCUACUAUCACCUCCUCAAAAUCUGACGCUCGUGUCGAAGGAUUUCCAUCUGUUCUUGACAUGGCUGCCAGCUGCUGCUGACCUUCCUGGAGUAACCUACACUGUUCAAUGGAUGUGAGCAUCAAAGAAAAGAGCAAUGGCUAGAACAACCUUCCCCCAGUUUGGUAGCCCUCCAGAUGUUUUGGACUACAAUUCCCACCAACUUGCUGGCAGCUGUGGCUGCUGGGAGUUGUAGUUCAAAACAUCUGAGUGACAUCAGAUUUGGAAAGGCUGGACUAUAAUUUCCACUUGAUUUUUCAGGGAUAUUACUAGCACAUAAGAAAUUGGAGGCAGUGGGUGUGUUUAUGUCUCCCAAUUAAAAAAAUCAUCUUCUAGUUUGUGCAGGAUGAGCUAGGUUCACACACCUCUCAGAGAAAAUGGGGGGAGGACAGUCUCCCAGAUGACCUGUUUAUUGAGCAUUCACACCUGAUUUGUUUGCACAAAGUUUACAGGGAGGUGCUGUCAUGCCCACCAUUUAUUGAGUGUUCAUUGCAGGGAGCUUAUCCAAUGUCACAUGAAGUAAUUGUCACCCCACACUUUCCAGAGCAUUUCCCCAUCACUUUCCUUACUGCAGUAAGUAAGUGUGUGUGUGUGUGUGUGUGUGUGUGUGUGUGUGUGUGUUUUGUCCAAGAACGCCAAAUACUCAUUAAUUGCAUGACUUGUAUUUGGUGUUUUGCAAUGGAAGCCCACCUGCAAAAAUAGCUUUGGCCUGAAGUGGCCUUUGACUUGAAUACGUUGUGUAACACCAGUCGCUUGUCAGAACGGCCUAGUCCAUAGGUCAGGCUCAGACUGGUUUGGAAAUUUACAGUGCUAUUGGGUUGGGCAAUCCAUUUUUAUCCUUUGACAAUAUAUUUCUGGGGUGAAGGGCAUAGUUACAUGCACACAUUAAACAAAACAGGAAACAAGUAUGGCCAUAUUCACACCAUACAUUUAAAGCACUGUUGUACCACUUUAAACAGUCAUGGCUUCCCUCAAUGAAUUAUGGGGGCUGUAGUUUGUUAAGAGUGUUGAGAGUGGUUAGGGGGCCCCUAUUCCCCUCACAGAGCGACAGUUCUCGGUACAAUCAAUCCCUCUUCACAGGGAACUCUGGGAACUGUAAUUCUGUGAGGGGAAACAGAGGUCUCCUAACAACUCUCAGCACCUUCACAAACUGCACUUCCCAGAAUUCUUUGGGGGCAGCCAUGGCUGUUUAAAAUGACAACAUAGUCCUUUAAAUAUAUAGUGUGAAUGUGGCCUAUAUGUGUAUGUAUAUGUAUGUUUAUAUUGCAUAUACACCAUAUUUAUAUUCUGUAAAAAAAUUGCUAUGCAGGCAAGGUUAUUUUGUUUUGUGACAGCUCUUCUAAAUCAUAUGUCUAUAAAGAAUGGUACACUUUCUCAGAUAUUUUGUUGAGCUUGUCAUUUAAAAACAAAGACGAUCCUUUAGGGACUGAGUAUUGGCAAAGCCCCAUCUAAUCUCCACCCCUGGCGACAAUUGGCUGCUGACUGUUCUUCAGAAUUGAAAUCGUCACAUCCUCAUGUGAAUCUGAAUACUAACCCGCCACCGCUGUGGCUUCUUCCUGCAGGGAGCCUUACGGACUUCAAUGGGACGACUUUUUACCCUGUAGGGACAUCUCUGAAACAGUCUGCAACAUAACUUGCAUGUCUCCAGAACUGGACAACAGAUACUCAGUCCAUGUGAAAGCUCAGAUGAAGAAUAACUCUGGGAUGGCCUCUUCCAAAUGGGUGGAACUGAAUAAUAUUGACUACACUGUUCAAGGUAUGGCUGGUAGGACCCUGAGAUCAAGGUGCAGAGGGCGGUUGUACUAAUGCUGCCAAUUGUUAUUUUGUGAAAUGGAAGGUUCUGCUCACAAUUCUGUCCCAGAAGACCUAAUAAGUGAAAGAGAGGAGGGGAACUUCUUAUAAGGCCAGAGUUCCUUUCUCUCCAGACAGCCUGGCAGAUAGGGAUAAAACACUAAUACCUUGAAAUAUACUCAGAGUCGAGUGUGGAUUUCAUGCUCUUUAUUCAGCUCGUAGUGAGGAAUGAAAGUUCCCCCAAAAUAUCUGCUUUAUAUACAUUAUUUACACAAUGGGCCACACGUGAUUUGCUAAUUCCGGGAUUCUCCCGUGGGCCAAUCAGGUUGUGGAUUCACUUCCACCUGGAGCUGGAUUGGGUGGCUCCUGCGGACCAAUCAUACUGCUGCAUUGUUCUAGGACCAAUCAGACUGCUGCAUUCUGAAUCCUAUUGUUCUAGGACCAAUCAGACUGCUGCCUUUUGGAUCCUGUUAAACUCAGUACAUAACAUACCUGAUGGGAUUAACCUUCCCCAACCUAGCACUCAUUGGCAGUGAAGCAGAAAGACACGGAACUGUGUCCAAAAUAACUGGAGGGCACCAGGUUGGGGAAGUUGAGAUUGAGCAAAUGCUGUGGUUUAGAAAGGCCCAGGUAGCUCACCUGACAGGCCCAUAAAUGAGCAGGAAUUUCAGGACACUUCCAGACAUAUUAUUAAAAUUGUGCACUCAUGAUGAUUUGUGCUCAGGGUGGCAUUGAGGUGUCUAUAUGCAUUCUCUCUUCCAAAUACUACUUGUACCUGCAAAAGUUUCAGAGCAACCAUAUUGCCUUCGUUUCCAGUCAGCACAUGCCCUGCAGCUUCCUGCUGAAAUCCUGUAACUUUUUAUACCACAGAUGUCCCAGUUUUGUUGCUCUAUAGCUCAAGAGUGCUGUACCGGACAGUAGUAACGUGGUAUCAUUCAGAAAGCAUUGCAGAACGACAGAUAAAGCAGAAUGAUGUGUAUUAUUCCAUCAGUGAGAUGUAGAAGACACUGGCAACAACCAAGCAUUUGGGGGUGGGAGUAUUUACUCCUCUCUGUCUCUCUCAAUAUUGCCCUAACAUCUGUCCAAUCGUUUCCAGUGGAACUUGCUCCCCCAAUUCUGCAACUGAAAAAGACUGAAAAUGCUCUUGAUGUGAGCGUUGCUUUCUCCCACCCAUCCUGUGUAGAGGCCACAUUUCAAGACCUGACCUAUGACUUGGAGUAUGGCAUCGAUGGAGCAGGGAAACCAGUAAGUAGGCGGUGGAUAUGCAACUUCAAAAUCAUCUGCAGACAUCCUUCUUGAAAGUCAUUGUCAUUUACAUUUAACAAUCCUUCCUCAUUUCAGGGCUUGCUUAGGGAGUGCUUAUUAAACUUGUAUCCCACCCUUCCUUCCAUUGAAAAGCCUCUUGUGUGUGGUGCAGUGGACCUCUUCAAAGUGCAGCUGGUGUAUACUUUAAACCAGGGGCGGGGAUCCUCAGGCCUCGGGGCUGAAUGUGGCCCUCCAAGCCUCUCUGUCUGGCCCUUGGUACUCUCCCCAGGCCACACCCCCUCACUAGCCCUGCCUUGCACCCCAGCUGUUUUUUGCCUGGCUUGAAAUCGUUCUAGAACCAUGCUAAUGCCUCUUGGUGGACAAGGAAGGGGCAAGUCCACUCAGUUUCUCAUUUUUUCCAACCUUAAGUUCAGUUCUCUGCAUUUCUGAAGCAAUUUAUCCCCUCCAUUGUUUUUAAAUUCUUGUGAGAAUUUGUCAGCAUUUUAGUGCAUGUUUCUCCUGUUAACCACAUUUUGCAUGCCGCUUUGACUAUUUUACACAUUUUUGCAACCCCAUUUCCCCUCCUAUAAUGCAUUUUUGUCUGUUAUUUUCAACUUCAAUAAUGUAUGCAUUUUUGUACACAUUAUUUGGCUGGAGAAGUGCAUGGUGAAAUUUGGAAAGCACAAAUUUUCAAACACUCGCUGUGUUCCAGUUUGUGUUUUAUAUGUAUAAAAAAGUGUGAAUUUGUCCCCCGUUUCCCAAUGAAAUGCAAGUUUCUAAAAUGUAAAAUAAAAAUUGAGCAUCCCCCCUCUCCAACCCUAGUUUGUUCAGGGAAUCGGCUUCCUUCUGUUAGGAGUGUGUGCAGGAGCCGGGCCCUGUGACUGGUAGGGCCUCGCAGGACUGAGUUUGGCCUGGAAGGGCAAGGUGCAGCCGCACAGGUUAGGCUUGACAGAAGACUCGUAGCACCUGGUGGCAAGGGCCGGGAGGGGUCUAGAAGACCAGCAUUUCCCUCUGGCUCUUUGCCACAGCAACACGCUACCCAUCUAGCUGUGCUUCGGCCUCCUGACUCCUGGUUUCCUUACCCUGAAACUCUUGGCUUCCUGACUCUUGGUUUCCUGAUUCAUGGACCCCUGGACUGCUGAUUCCUGCUUCCCGACCUCCACCCAGCGUACCAAGCCGGGACUCCGACUGCCUGUAACCCGGACCAUGACACCUUCCCUCUUUUGGCAAAAGAUAAGCAGAACAAAGAGAAAGGAGUCUCUUACCAGUUAGAAACUUUAAUGAUCACAGUGAGAGAACAAAGAAUACAUUCAUCGGAAUGAAGGUGCUCCCAAUUAUGGCUUCUACCCACUUCCUCUCUAGUCACCCACAUCACCACCGCGUCUUGCAACCUGAGCUUGCAACCACUUUCUUAUCUGCUUUCUUAUCUGCUCUUCUUGACCUUGGACUGAGCAAGCGACAGUGAGUCUGUUAACUCUCUCCCUCCCAGUUCUCCUCCUCCUAGCUGUUCCCCAUCCAGUACAGUGGUACCUCAGGUUACAUACACUUCAGGUUACACACUCCGCUAACCCAGAAAUAGUGCUUCAGUUUAAGAACUUUGCUUCAGGAUAAGAACACAAAUUGGGUUCCGGUGGCGCAGCAGCAGUGGGAGGCCCCAUUAGCUAAAGUGGUGCUUCAGGUUAAGAACAGACCUCCGGAACGAAUUAAGUACUUAACCCGAGGUACCACUGUAUUUCCCAGCUUCUGCAUUCUGAACUAUGCCCCUCUGCAAACUACUGUUUCAAAUCUAUGCUGUCAUCCUGCUCCUGAGAAGAUUCAGGAUCCUGAUCAGGAGCAGGGGGAGGAAAAGGCUCCCACCAUUCCUCCUCAGUGGAGCCCUCCUCAGCACGGUCCCUGACCCUGUCGAUUUCAACCCCCUUUGCUUUUCUUAUCUGCCAGAGGAACUACACUGAGAUGAAGAAGAAUGUUCUGGGCUUCGACACAACACACUGGAGCAGUGGCAGAUACUGCUUCCGUGCCCGUGCCGUCAUGAGUGGAAAACGGAGCAACUACUCGAAACCAGUUUGCACUCUCUUGCAUGAAAAAGGUACAGGGAAGGAGGAAACGGGGGUGCCUGUGCAAAGACUUUACUGUCCAUUUUGUCUACUUGCCCUGAUCCAGCAUGUGCAGGGCAGGCUUGUGCACAUGCAGUUUAGAUGGGUUCAAAUGGAUGUUUGAAGCUGCAUUGUGAUCACACUGCUAAAAUAGAUAGCUUUGCCUCUUUAUGUAGAUGGGAACAGAUCCCUGUGGCCUCAUAUUGGGUAGCCCCACAUUCCUGGAAUAUAUCCAGAGACAUUGUGUGCCAAGGAAGCUUUGUUUUAUUAAUAAUAAUAAUUUAUUAUUUAUACCCCACCCAUCUGGCUGGGUUUCCCCAGCCACUCUGGGUGGCUUCCAACUGAAUAUUAAAAACAAUACAGCAUCAGACAUUAAAAACUUCCCUAAACAGGGCCGCCUUCAGUUGUCUUUUAAAAGUAAAAUAGUUGUUUAUUGCCUUGACAUCUGCUGGGAGGGCGUUCUGCAGGGCAGGCGCCACUACCGAGAAGGCCCUCUGCCUGGUUCCCUGGUUCAGUGAAAAUUUCAUUCUGUCUGUGAUAAACAAAAAACAAAAAACACCACUUUUAAUUAAGAGACCAGGAAGAACGGAACAAUAAAACAGACUGAAGUGGAGAAAGGGGAAGAACUUACCCCAAAUACAGUAUUAACUGCUUCGUUUGUUUGCUUUCUUCUGCAGCAGAAAACUGGGUCUUUGUUGCUGUUCCAUUGCUACUCAUGCUCCCUGCUGGUGCCUUUAUUGUCUUCUGCUGCUACAAAAAGAUGAAUAAUCCAAUCAAGAUGCCUCAAGCUUUGGUAUGGGUUAUUUAUUUAUUUAUUUAUUUAUUUAUCACUUUCCCCACAAAAGUGAUCCAAAGCAACUUACAAAAAACAAAACACUAAACUCAAGUAUAACAAACUGCUGAUAAAAAUCUAAAAACACAGCUAUACAAAUAAAAAACAAGUAUUCCACUAAAAGGGCACAAAUACCUGAAGCCCUUCAAAUUAAGAGCCAAAAGCCACAGGGAAAAGGGAAGUUUUUGCCUGGCAUUUAAAAAUGGAUGAAGGUGGUGCCAAGCGUGGGGAGGGCAUUCCAGAAGUGGGGAACCAACAUGGAAAAGGCCCAUUCUUGUACUGCCACCCUCUGGACUGACCAUUGAUGAUGACUGUCAGGUUCUGGAUUGGUUCAUGUGGGGAGAGGGCAGUCCUUGAGAUAUUGGGGUCUUGAGUGACAUAAGGCUUUAUAGGUCAAAUCUAGCACUUUGAAUUGAGCUUGGAGACUUAACUGGUAGUGACUGCAGACAUACCAGAAUUGGUUCACUAUCUGGACUCUGAAUUCUGUACCAGCUGCAGUUUCCUAACUGUGGAGGUAAAGGUAAAGGGACCCCUGACCAUUAGGUCCAGUCGUGACCGAUUCUGGGGUUGCGGCGCUCAUCUCGCUUUAUUGGCCGAGGGAGCCGGCGUACAGCUUCCGGGUCAUGUGGCCAGCAUGACUAAGCCGCUUCUGGCAAGCUAGAGCAGUGCACAGAAAUGCCAUUUACCUUCCAGCCGGAGCGGUAACUAUUUAUCUACUUGCACUUUGACGUGCUUUCGAACUGCUAGGUUGGCAGGAGCAGGGACCGAGCAACGGGAGCUCACCCCGUGGCGGGGAUUUGAACCGUCGACCUUCUGAUCGGCAAGUCCUAGGCUCUGUGGUUUAACCCACAGCGCCACCCGCGUCCCUGACUGUGGAGGCAGCCCUACAAAUAACACAUUAAAAUAACCCAACCUAGAUAUUACCAGAUUGAAGACGACAGAAGCUAGGCUGCCCCUGUCCAGAUAGGGGUGCAACUGGGCCACCAGUUGAAGCUGAUAAAAGGUGCUCCAUGUCACCAAGGCCAAUUGAGCCUCAAGCAACCGUAAUGGAUCCAUUAGUACCCCCAAGCUACAUAACUCCACUCAAAGCAGGCUGCAUACCAUCCAUUUGAUCUAGUCCCCCCCCCAACAGUGCCUUGGCCUUGUCAGGAUUAAGUUGAUUGGAUCUCAUCCAGACAUUUACCAAGACAACAUACCAAUCUUGCACAUCUGCUGCCACACUUGCAGAUGUCAAAAGAAGCAAAGCUGUGUGCCACCCACAUUUUGCUCACAUCUUGCUCCAAAAUCCUGGAUGACCUCAGUCGGGGGUUUUGUGUAGAUGUUGAAGAAUGGGAGGAGGAGGAGGAGGAAGGUAGAUUACUUCCCUGUUCUGUGGUUUUUGUCAAAUGGCAAGGUUCUUUCCUCUUGCCAGAGACGUGAACCUGACUGAACCAAAGACUGAAACACCUUUUGUAUGGAACAGAUAGUGCUGCUUUAUACAGUGGUACCUUGGUUCUCAAACACCUUGGUACUCGAACAACUUGGAACCCAAACGCUGCAAACCCAGAAUUAAGUGUUCUGGUUUGCAAACUUUUUCCGGAAGCCUAACGUGCUCCGUUUUGAGAGUUGCACUUCCGAUUUGAGUGCCACACUUCCGUUUUGAGUGUUAUGCUGAGGUAUGUCUGUUUUUCCUAUUUAUUUUGCGCUUUUGUUUUUGCGGCUUUUUUGUUUGUUUUUGCGGCUUUUUUGUUUGUUUUUGCGACUGUGUGGAACCCAGUUCAGAUACUGAUUGAUUGAUUGUGUGGCUGCAGUACGUUGUUUAUUGCUUUCAUUUUAUGGAUCAAUGUUCUCGUUAGAUAGUAAAAUUCAUGUUGAAUUGCUGUUUUAGGGGUUGUUUUUAAAAGUCUGGAACAGAUUGAUCCAUUUUGCAUUACUUUCUAUGGGAAAGCGAGCCUUGGUUUUGGAAUGCUUUGGUUUUGGAACUGACUUUUGGAAUGGAUUAAGUUUGAGAACCAAGGUACCACUGUACUAAGCCAGACACACUUUUGCUCUAUGUGACACAGUGUUGCUACUACCUACAGCUCCUGGUAGACAGGAAGGAAUGCAAGGAUAGUAGAGCUGGCAAUUUUGCUACAUUUUAAAUAUUUGCAAGCACUCAUUUCUGCUUUGCACUUGAUCGCACCAUUUCUUAGGGAUGGGUGAAUCUGUCAAUUUUACUUUCUCUCCAUUUCUCGUUUUUCCAACCUUAAGUUCAGCUCACCACAUUUCUACAUCAUUUUGCAUUUUUUUUAAAAAAGGCGUUAUGACCCCACACAUACACUAAGUAGAACAGAAGCAUUGCCACCCCACCCACCCCACCCCACCCCACUCACCUCUCCCCCCUCCACCUCUUUCCCCCUUUUCUUCCUAAUGCAACACUAAUGUCUCACAACAAAUGAAACUGAUCUGUAGAAAACGCAACUUGAAAAAGCGGAUAUUGCACAUACUUUUGUAAAUCAAGAUAUCAUUAAUAUCUAUAUAUAUACUAUAUAUAUAUAUAUAUAUAUAUAUAUAUAUAUAUAUAUAUAUACUAUCUAUCUAUCUAUCUAUAUAUAUACAUACAUACACACACACACACACACACACACCCCUCAUAUAUAUAUAUGAGGUGUUAUGGGGGAAAAGGCGUUAUGAAAAUUCUUCUGCAUUUUAGUGUGCAUUUCUACUAUCGUAUGUCUUUUUCAAUGCAACGCUGCCUAACACACACAUUUUUGACAGCAAUUUUCCAUAUUGUAUAAAGAAGUUUUGUAUGUUACUUUCGCUAAUAUUUGCAAUUUUACUCACACUCCCCCCUAACACAUUACUUUUUUUGGUCGGAGAAUGGCAUUUCAAAAUGCAGAGACGUGUGAAUUUAAAAUAUAUUUAGGAAGUGCAAACCAGGUAGGUUUGCAAGCUAAUUUCUCCCCCAUCCCGAAAAUCUCCUUAGCUAUUGACCAGUCGCAUAAUCAGUCCUAGUUUAAAGUCAUAUGUCAUGGUGACUUCAAGAUGAAAUGUUGACAUAUUUUAAUCUAUUUUGCUGUUCAUUUUAAUUAUUUUUAAAAAGGUUUUUAAUUCUGUUUAACUGUUUUUACUGAUAAUUUAAAUACUUCCUGUUAACUGCUUAAAGGGGUUUUUUGUUUUUGCAGUCAAGGAAGGUAUAAGUACUGGGAUGCGGGUGGCGCUGUGGGUAAAACCUCAGUGCCUAGGACUUGCUGAUCGUAAGGUCGGUGGUUCGAAUCCCCGCGGCGGGGUGAGCUCCCGUCGUUCGGUCCCAGCUCCUGCCCACCUAGCAGUUCAAAAGCACCCCUAGGUGCAAGUAGAUAAAUAGGUACCGCUUUAUAGCGGGAAGGUAAACGGCAUUUCCGUGUGCUGGCUCGCCAGUUGCAGCUUCGUCACGCUGGCCAUGUGACCCGGAAGUGUCUUCGGACGGCGCCGGCUCCCGGCCUCUUGAGCGAGAUGAGCGCACAACCCUAGAGUCGGUCACGACUGGCCCGUACGGGCAGGGGUACCUUUAGGUAAAUGUUAUAGCCAGAAUUAAAAAUAUCUAGCCAUAUGCCUCUAAAAUGGUCAACCACAUUCUGUCUCCCUAAUUAGGAUUUUUCCAAAGGCCCAACAAAGUUGCUGUUGAUUGGUGAAAGGGAAGCAAUCAAGUUGGAUCCCAUCACGUGUACAGCAGCACUUGUGGAAUCAGGAAGGAGGAACAGGACUGGCUCCCAGAAACACUCAGCACUGAGUCCUUCUGUGCCGUCAGAAGAAAGUGAGGAAGAUGAGGAAGAUGACGAUGACGAUAGCGGAAGCCCCAUACCCUACACGGAAGUGCUUCGAUUCCAGAAGAAAAGCUUGAACUGCCAAAUGGCCAACAUGUGCCUGGAAGCACCUCUGCCAUCUUCCGGCUAUGGAAGUUCUCAGUCAGGUUUGCCAGAUUUAACUGUGCUUGGGGUCCCUGCUUCAACAGAGUGGGUGACAGGGGAGUCUUCUUCUGGGUUCCAAGAGAAUGAGGGGACCUCAAGUUCUGAGAGUUCCUCUGUGGAGGAAUCCCUUGGGUUUCCAGUUGGCUUUCCAACUGCUGGAGGAAAAGGAUGGGAUGAAGAUAUAGACUUCUCGUCAGUAUUGAUAGAAGGUUCUGGCAUUAACCUUUCCACUGGGAAGCAAUUCGCACCUGUGAGAGGUCAUCCGGAAGAAAACUGUGCCAGCCUGGAGGACUUGAAGAUACCUCUCUUUGGGAUGCUAGGCAACCAGGACUCCUGUGGGUUCCAUUUUGAGGAGCAGUUUGUAGACGAAAGAGGUUCUGAAAAGGACUCCAGUGGUUGUGGAAGUCUCGUGGAUGAAAUACCUCUUCUGGACGUGCCUUGCAUGGGAGCCUUAGAACCUGGGCUGCUUGGAGAAAACAGAGACUUGGAAUCAGGCUGUACUCCAGAACCCAAAUUCCAUGGGUAUCGGCCAAGGCACACGCAUUAUAUUGCAAGAACCUGAUUUGGAUGCCCUGAAAUGGAUUUCCCUAGUCAUAGAAUCUUAGGAUCACAGCCGUUUCACCAGUACCAGGGUGGUGAACUUUGCACUGAAAGAUCUGAAUUCUACAAUAGGGAAGUUAACCAUUAUACAGAAUCCAAUUCAGUCCAAGCUCAUGUUGUUUUCUUUAAUCCUCACCCCCAUCCCAUAAUGAACAAGGUGUGGGAAGAGAAAGGUGCCUCCUGCUUAAGAGUUUUAGCCCCAUGCUGUAGCAAAAGCUUCUACAUUGAUUCCAGGGGCCAGCUCAGCAGUCACAAAGAAAGCCAGGAGAAUAAAUGUGUUAAUUUACGGUGCAAUCCUAUAUAUGCUCACUUGGAAGUACAGUGGUGCCUCGCAAGACGAAAUUAAUCCGUUCUGCGAGUGUCUUCGUCUAGCGGUUUUUUUGUCUUGCGAAGCAACCCUAUCAGCGGCUUAACGGAUUAGCGCUGUUAGCGGUUUAGCGGCUAUUAAAGGCUUAUCGGUUUAUCGGCUUAGCUGCUAAAAGGCUAUUAAAGGCUUAGCGGCUUAGAUAAAGGGGGGGAAAGUGAAAAAAAAAUCUCAAGACUCGCAAGACAUUUUCGUCUUGCGAAGCAAGCCCAUAGGGAAAUUCGUCCUGCGAAGCAACUCAAAAACGGAAAACCCUUUCGUCUAGCGGGUUUUCCGUCUUGCGAGGCAUUCGUCUUGCGGGGCACCACUGUAUGUCAUGGGCACAGGGUGGAACUGUCAAUUCAAUAAACAGAUCUACGUCUAAAUUCCGUUGUUGGGACAAAAAAAAAAUCCUCUCUGCUGAGCAAAAGAGGCCUUCUGAAGUCCCAAGCUGUUGUAAGUGUUCUAAAUGCAUUUGUUAAUUUAUAUUGUUAAUAUAUUGUUAGAUGUGUGUACAUACCUCAUAUAUUUAUCAAUCUGGUGCCCCAGAUAUUUUGGACAGUUCCCAUUUAGGCUACAAUUCCCAUCAGCCCCAGCCAGGGUUGUGUUGGCGGGGCCACUGACAGUUGUGAACCAAAACAUUUGCAAGGCAACAGGUUGGCAAAGACUCUUGCGCAGAGUUUACCAUGCACUGUCGCCCUCUGGUGGUGACAGCCAGCCCUACAGGCUGCUGAAUCUUGUGAACCUUGCGUUGAGGCUGGCAGAUAGCUUUGCCACGAAGCUUUGCUCUGAAGGUACAACGGUCCAAACCAACAAAUCCAGCCAUGGUUCUUUCUGACAACCUCGUCUCCUGUCCUCUUCCACAUGACCUGAAGCAGGUUAGCUAUUGGGAUGAGGAUAAUGUGUGGCAGGUACCUGGAGGGAAAGUUCUUUUCCCUUGUGUCUUUCUCUCUCCAGCCCCAGCUCUUUAAAAGGAGGUGGAGGGAGAGAGGAGGUUGGCAAAUGGAGGUCAAGAUAGCAGCCCUCAAAUGGGCAUCUGGAGUCUUCCUGGUGUUAAUCCCUCUUUGGAUAGAUAGAAAGUUUUAUUUGGGUUUUCACAGUAUUAUAAUAAAAGCAAUACAGCCUUCUGCUCCCUUCCCUGUUCCUUCCCUUCCUCGCGCCUUGUUGUUACAGCCUUUUUGCUUCUGAUGUGCAGUUGUUUUGACAUGUUUAUACAGUGUUGGGGUUCACAUGCUCAGAUAAGGGCUAGGAAAAACGAGCGUCACCGCUCUCCUUGAGCCCCAGAUUAAGAUCUGUUAACCGGAGAUGCUUCCAUUACUGUGUUGUGCCUCCCACAUUUCGAGACAUGAAUAUUAUGUUCAAGGACAUUGGCUAGUUCUUUGCAAUGAUUCUAUGAUUCCUCCAGAGAAAACAAAUCUACCUCGCCCAAAGCUGCUUCCCACCUUCCUUUUUAUUGCCAAGCCAAGUGCGCUUGAAACCACCAUGCACACCCACCCUUGGUAACACUUUGGGUAAUUCAAACAGUAUUUUCUAAAGGAAGUUUUACUGUGACAGAGUCUGACACACGCACACAUUUGAAGUGUAACCUUGCACGCUCUUCUCGCUUGAUUUCUUUUGGCAGGAGAAGUGGUUCCUUUCCCUGCAUAUUGACAGGUGGUAUUUCUCCUUAGAAUGAAAAAUACGGUUGAGGAAUCACCAGGUUGGAAGCUGAGACUUCCAGGUAUAGGGCCAUAUUCAAUAAAUAAUAAUAACUGGCAACCCUAUCAAUAAAAUGGGAAGUGUGUCACUUUAUGUGUAUAAUGUUGAAUUGUAUUGUUAUUUGCAUUGCUAAAUAAUGUAUGUUUUUAUAGCCAUAAAUAGGCUACAAAUAAACUUUUACAGGGGAAAAAUA